AUGACCAGCGCGGGACUGCCACGUGGCGCAAUCGAGGCCGUCCACCUCGGGUACUGGCAGAUCGCUACCGUUCUGCCGACGCCUGAACCCGGAUAUAAUCUCACGCUAGUAGUUAAUCUCGCGCGCCUCCCGGACCGCGAUUCCGCCCAGAGAGUCAUUGCCUGCAAGCUCGCCCGCCUGCGCUCGUUCGUCAUGGGCGCGCCUCUGCGCGCUGCGCUGCUUCCGCUCCGCGCGGGCGGAGUGAUAGGCGUCGGCGGAGCAGCGGGCGGAAGCGACCUGGGGGAAUCCGUGGCGCGCGGAUUAGGGGGCGCGGGAGGGGAGUCGUGGGGAGGCGCGGGGAUGCUGACGAGUGUGGUGCACCGGAAGGGGCGGGUGAUGUUCGUGGUGUCGCACGGGGCGAGUGUGACUAUAGUGAUUCCGAUGCGCUUUAAGGACAUGGACGAUGCUGUGAUCGCGACCCACUUCCUGCUGGAGCUCGAGGCCACGCGGCGCGAGGCGGACGCGGCGGCCAAGCGCGCCGCCGCCGCCGCCGCAGCCUACGCCGCAGCCACUCUGGAAGCCGCCAAGGCGCACGCGCAGGCGCUCCUCGACCCGCGCGCGCCUCCGCCCCCGCCCCCGCCCCCGCCGCCCCCCCAAGACCCGCUCGCCCCCUUAGCAUCCGCGCCAGCGUUCUCCUUCUCGUAUUUUUGUCCUGUGGAGGUGCGGGAGGCGCCUAUUCAGUACCGGUCCGCUAAUGCUGGGUUUGCGUGCUUCCACGUGGGGAGGCGGCACUUGGAGGGGGGAAGCGGGGGAGGGGGCGGAGGAGGCGGGGGAGAAGGCGAAGAAGCGGGGUGGCGGUGGGAGCGCGUGGUGUGGGGGCUGGAGAGCUUUCACGGGGUGGUGGCGAACCAUGUGCGGUGGAGCAAGGUGGCCAUGCGCAGACGCAUGCGCGCCUGGGAAGAGCGCCUGCAGCAGGUGCGCUGGGGGAGUGGGAGGGGAGAGGGGGAGAAGAAGGGCAGGGGUGUGGGGCUGCGCCUUCCCCAACCCCCCCCGCCUGUGAUGCGCCACUCCCCCCUCAAGGAGUCCCCCUCGCUCCCCCUUCCGCUGCUGGCUUGCGCGGAUGAUGAGGAGGAGGCGGAGGAGGAAGUGUGGGGGGAAGGGGGAGCGGAUGGGGGAAUUCAUGGGGCGGAGGCAGCAGCAUUGGCUGAGGAAGUGGCAGGGAUGAUGCGGGGAGGAGGAGGGGAGGAAGGGGGAAGGGGGGAAGGGUCGAGAGGGGGGCGGAGAAAGGGGAGGAGUGGGGGGAAGGAAGGGGGGGAUGGGAUGGGGAGUGGGAAGGAAAGGAGGUUGAGAAGGAAAGGAUUAGAGGCAGGUAGGGAGGGAAGGAGGAAGGGGAUAAUGGAGGGAUAUGGGAUGGGGGGGGAUAGGGAAGGGCCAAAAAGACAGAAAUCAAGUGUGGGGAGGAAUGAGAAGGAGAAAGGGAAGGAGAAACAGAAGGAGAAGGAGAAGGAAGGAGGUAGGAGCAAAAAGAAACUUCUGAAGGGGAAGAGUGGGAAGAUGGGGAAAGGGUUGACAGGGGAUGUGGGUGGGAAGAGUGGGAAGGAGAGGAAGGGGAGGGAUGGAGAUCCAUGGAUGGCAGAGGAGCCUGAUGGUGUGGUGGAGCAGGAUUGGGAUGCAGAUGAUGGGAAGGGGACGGGAGGGCAUGAGUUGAAGGCUGGUGGACUGAGGGAGACGAAGGGAGGUGAGGAGGUCCAGGAAGGGAGAAAAGAGGAGGAGAAGGAAAUGGAGGGAGAGGAGGUGAGGGAAAAGGAAGGAGAGGAGGUGAAUGAAACAGGAGGUGAGGAGGAAAGGGAAAAGGGAGGAGAGGAGGUGAAGGAAAAGGAAGGAGAGGAGGUGAAGGAAAAGGAAGGAGAGGAGGUGAAGGAAAAAGAAGGAGAGGAGGUGAAGGAAAAGGGAGGAGAGGAGGAGAAGGAAAAGGUAGGAGAGGAGGUGAAGGACAAGGGAGGAGAGGAGGUGAAGGAAAAGGAAGGAGAGGAGGUGAAGGAAAAGCAAGGAGAGGAGGAGAAGGAAAAGAGAGGAGAGGAGGUCAAGGAAAAGGAAGGAGAGGAGGUGAAGGAAAAGGAAGGAGAGGAGGACAUGGAAAAGGGAGGAGAGGAGGAGAAGGAGAAGGGAGGAGAGGAGGUGAAGGAAAAGGAAGGAGAGGAGGUGAAGGAAAAGGAAGGAGAGGAGGUGAAGGAAAAGGAAGGAGAGGAGGAGGAAGAAAAGGAAGGAGAGGAGGGGAAGGAAACAGGAGGAGAGGAAGAGAAGGAGAAGGGAGGAGAAGUGGAGAAGGAAAAGAGAGGAGAGGAGCACAAUAAGAAGGGAGGAGAGGAGGUGAAGGAAAAGGGAGGAGAGGAGGUGAAGGAAAAGGGGGGAGAGGAGGUGAAGGAAAAGGAAGGAGAGGAGGAGAAGGAAAAGAGAGGAGAGGAGGUGAAAGAGAAGGAAGGAGAGGAGGGGAAGGAAACAGGAGGAGAGGAAGAGAAGGAGAAGGGAGGAGAAGAGGAGAAGGAAAAGAGAGGAGAGGAGGUGAAAGAGAAGGAAGGAGAGGAGGGGAAGGAAACAGGAGGAGAGGAAGAGAAGGAGAAGGGAGGAGAAGAGGAGAAGGAAAAGAGAGGAGAGGAGCACAACAAAAAGGGAGGAGAGGAGGUGAAGGAAAAGGGAGGAGAGGAGGUGAAGGAAAAGGGAGGAGAAGAGGUGAAGGAAAAGGGAGGAGAGGAGGACAAGGUAAAGGGAGGAGAAGAGGAGAAGGAAAAGGAAGGAGAGGAGGUGAAGGAAAAGGGGGGAGAGGAGGUGAAAGAGAAGGAAGGAGAGGAGGGGAAGGUAACAGGAGGAGAGGAAGAUAAGGAGAAGGGAGGAGAAGAGGAGAAGGAAAAGAGAGGAGAGGAGCACAACAAUAAGGGAGGAGAGGAGCACAACAAUAAGGGAGGAGAGGAGGUGAAGGAAAAGGGAGGAGAGGAGGUGAAGGAAAAGGGAGGAGAAGAGGUGAAGGAAAAGGGAGGAGAGGAGGUGAAGGAGAAGGAAGGAGAGGAGGGGAAGGAAACAGGAGGAGAGGAGGACAAGGGAAAGGGAGGAGAGGGGGUGAAGGAAAACGGUGGAGAGGAGGGGAAGGAAACAGGAGGAGAGGAGGAGACGGAGAAGGGAGGAGAAGAGGAGAAGGGAGGAGAAGAGGAGAAGGAAAAGGGAGGAGAGGAGGUGAAGGAGAAGGAAGGAGAGGAGGUGAAGGAAAAGGGAGGGGAGGAGGUGAAGGAAAAGGAAAGAGAGGAGGUGAACGAAAAGGAAGGAGAGGAGGUGAUGGAGAAGGAAGGAGAGGAGGGGAAGGAAACAAGAGGAGAGGAGGAGAAGGAGAAGGGAGGAGAAGAGGAGAAGGAAAAGAGAGGAGAGGAGGACAAGGGAAAGGGAGGAGAGGAGGUGAGAGAAAAGGGAGGAGAGGAGGUGAAGGAAAAGGAAGGAGAGGAGGUGAAGGAAACGGGAGGAGAGGGUGUGAAGGAAAAGGAAAGAGAGGAGGUUAAGGAAACAGGAGGAUCAGAGGCCAAGGAAAUGGAAGGACAGGGAGCUGAAGUUGCCGGUGCAAAGAGUGCUGACGGAGAAGGAGUUAAGGAAGGAGGGGGGGGUAAGGAGGGAGAAGCGGGUAAGGAGGGAGACGGAGGUAAGGAGGGAGACAAGGGUAAGGAGGGAGAAGAGGGUAAGGAGGAAGGCAACAAGGAGGAUGGAGGUGCAAAGGAGGGCACGCUGAGGAAGGUGAAGCAGUAA